AUGUCAUUUCACACUUCAUCUCAUAAUACUCGAGGCAGGCCCUCGCGUUCUCUCCUUGCCGUUGGUAUCCUUGUGCAGUUCGCUCUGAUAGCGGGUAUCUUUUGGGCCUAUACCAACUUUGGCCACUCCCGUGGGUCCACGGCUUUAGCGGACGCGGCAACUACCAAUUCAUCACCGAGGCCAAACAGCUUCAGAUUGCGACAUGUCAUAAAUCACGGUGUCGGCCAACCUGGGCCGCGUGCGAGAAGGUUUGAUGUCACACCGGAGCACUUUGCAGCUGCCGGUGUCGAUUCCCAUGUCGGACCCUUCGCCAUCAAGACGGCACCAGUAAAGAUCCAAAGGCCAUCGUUCAACAGCUAUGAUAGCCAAAUACCCAUGUCUCCCAUUUGGAUGGCCGAAGACAUUCCGGGUCCGGAUAUUAAAGAUAAGGAAACCAUCAUCAGUUUUGCAAAUAUGUCGGAGGAUGCGUACAAGGUUGGACGCGAUGAUCCCGGGUGGAUGGAUGUGGAUGAAGACUAUGACACUUCCAUUCCUUUUGGUUGGGAUGAUAGCGGCAUCCGCGGCCAUGUAUUCAGCGAUGACACCAACUCCACCAUCAUCCUUGCCGUUAAAGGAACUACGGUAGCCAUGUUCGAAGGCAACGGAACCUCUGUGCACGACAAGGAAAACGACAAUCUUUACGGAUCCUGUUGCUGCGGUCAGGGUGGUACCUACCUGUGGCGCAAAGUGUGUGACUGUCAAACGGGUACUUAUACCUGUGAUGAACAAUGUGUAAAGGACGAGUUGCGGAAGCCAAACCGGUACUAUGUCGCAACUCUCGAGCUCUAUCAAGAAGUGAUGAAGCUCUACCCGAAUUCCCACGUAAUGACAACCGGACAUAGCUUAGGUGGAGUACUUGCGUCUUUGAUCAGUCUCCAACAUGGCAUUCCUGCUGUGACAUUUGAGGCUUAUCCCCAGGCUCUGGCAGCGAAGCGCUUAGGACUACCGGCAGCUAGCGACGUUGUUCCACCCAGCAAAGACACGGGAGUCUUUCAUUUUGGACACACAGCUGACCCGGUGUAUAUGGGAACUUGUAAUGGAGCUACAAGCUUUUGUUCAAUCGGCGGCUAUGCAUUCGAAACACUUUGCCAUGCCGGAAGGAAGUGUGCAUACGACGUGGUUAAAGAUUGGGGCUGGAGACAAAGCACCCAGACGCACAGCUUGAGGUACGCCAUCGAGAACGUUUAUAUGAAAUACGACGAAGCGGCAAUAUGUCAAGAAGAGGAUGUAGGGUGUGUUGAUUGUUACUUGUGGAAGUUCGAAAACGGCACACAUAAGCAGCCGACAACGAGCGCAACAACAGCAACAAGUACCACCUACUCAAGGACCCGGACAGAAACAUGCCAGACGCCUGGAUGGUGGGGAUGCCGGGAUGCGACAACUACCAUGAUGUCGACAACAUUGUCUAGCUCAUCGACUGCUACAACGAGCACAAGCACUUGUCAGACACCUGGCUGGUUUGGUUGCAAAGACGUAACAACAACAACCACCACUACGGCCACUGCUACUAUUACGACUACAUCCAGUGAGCCAACCACGACGACGUGCACUACUAAAGGAUGGUUUGGCAGAUGCCUUGACGACAAUACUUCGACAGCCACCCCUGCUAUGGAAGCACAUGCCUACUGGCAGACACCGGUGAUGGCCACCCCAACGCCUCCAUAG